AUGCAGACUCCGGCCGUCGGUCCCGACCAGGGCAUUUUCUCCUUGAAUCCCAUCCGCGGUCAGGGCACAUUCCAGGAGGGCCGUCUGAACUUUCCUAGAGAUAAUUUCGGAAACUUGUUCAUGAUCCCAGCUUCCUGUGUCUCUCCUUGUAUCAAUCUCCUGUUGUUCCCACGGGAGUUCGCCGGCAUUGCGAGCGGUAGAAGUAUUCGUCGUGGUAAACGCCCCUCACGGUACCACAUAGCGGCGGUCACUCACGAUGCUCUGGGAAAUAAACAUGCUGGGCCAACCAACUUAGCGGAGACGCGCAAAAGCAGGCCUGGUGCAUGCGAGAUGGGAGAUACACGGGCAAUCCCUCGCUCCGCUGCCCGCCCUCCACUUGGUACCCACCUCUAUAGCUUGGUGCGCACUGCACCAGAUUGUUGCGCAAUACAAGUACAGACAGACCAGGACCAAGCAAAGCACUUGCACUCAGGCUCUCGAUGGGGUCAUUCGAAUGCAUAUGCAGAGCAGCUGCACAAGUUGCCCUUGGCUUUGCACUGCUACACACUUAGCGACAUGCGCCGGAGUUCUAACGUUUACCUUGAAUUAUCUUCCUCCCUUGCCUGUCUAAAAAGGUCCCCCGUCUGGUCAGCAGCCGAGGACUGA